AUGCGACCAACAAUACCUAACAGUGUACUACUGGGUUUGAUGUGGACUGGCACCCAAGAUGAGGAUCUCUCACCGGAAGCCCUUCGACACGAGUGCAACAUGGACGACGAAACACAUGGGCCCACUUGGAAGGAUUACGAUCCUCGCAUAGGCGGAACACAAUAUGUUCAAGAUACAACGAACCAACUCGACAUCACGACGCAUUUUGUACGGCUCCCCUAUGGCAACGUGGGCGAUUGGGCGGUCCGAGUCAAAGGCGUUCCCAGGAGAGAUGCACCGGCUAACCUGGAAUCAACAAUGGUCGUUUAUGCAUCCUUGGAGCACAAUGCAAAGCAUGGCGAGAGCGAGCUAUACUGUUCAACGUCAGAUGGAAAGGCUGUGAAUUGCCAUGGCCACAGUCCCGGCCUUGACGAGUUUCAGCUCACGGUGCAGGACACGACUAUCAACCUUGGAUCGAAUGCCGAUCGAUCAUCUUUGCUUCAUAGUGUCUUCGCUACUGAAGAUCAGGCAUGGAAUGCAAAGUCCAUCUUCUUGGACGCCGUGCAAGGCAAAAAGGACAGCUCCAAUGAUGCUCUGCGUGGCAAGGAGAAUGUGCACUUUAUUGUACGCAGCUACAAAGGUGCUUUUGAAUUCGACAUUGAGUACACGAAUAGCACAAGUAGCCGUUCGCACUCAUCCAACCUGAUCACAAGCACGAUUAAAACCAGCCAUAAACAUCACCAGAAACGAAUGGCCGACGUCUUCAAGUUCAGUCAGACGUAUGAGGGAAGACAGUAUCAGGAUUUUGCCCAAUCUAUGGUAUCUAACCUCCUGGCUGGCAUUGGCUUCUUCCACGGGGAUAACAUCGUCGACAUGUCCCAGGCGCCGGAAUACGACGAACAAGGACUCAAAUUCUGGCAAACUGCUGCAGAUGCUCGGGAAAGGGCCAUUCCACAUGGACAAGCGCCUGCUUCGCUACUAUCCAUGACCUCUUCACGGACAUCGUCACCUCAUGGGAUGCUGGGUGAUGAGGGCUUUCAUCUUCUUGUCCUCAUGGAUUGGGACAUGGACCUGGCUUUGGAUAUAGUUCGCGGAUGGCUCAACCUCAUGGACGAAGAUGGCUGGAUUGCAAGCGACCAAAUACUGGGAGCGGAAGCCCGCAGUACAGGCCCAUCGGACACGGUGCAAUAUCCGCACCUGGCCAGCCCUCCGACCAUCUUCAUGGUUGUGGAAGCCAUUGUCGAUGUCAUCUCUGCAGGAGGGGGUGCUAGCUUGGGAGCAUACUCAGCCUCUCUAGAGAACCCUAUGGAGGCCAACCACAUCAUCUCGGAGCUGUACUAUCUACUCAAACGUCACUACGCCUGGUUUCGCCGCACUCAGCAUGGUGGAAAGGGUCAAUACGCGCGAGAAGACGCUGUCGGCUAUAGAUGGCGUGGCCGGACGCCUGGACAAUGCGCUGCCAGCGGCAUGGACGACCACCCUCGACCUGAACCACCUCAUCCAGGAGAACUCCACGUCGACGCUAUAAGCUGGGUAGCCUCCAUGGCCAAAUCCCUCAAACGCAUAGCGCAGUACCUAGGAGACGACAUCGAAGUCGCUACCUUCGCCAAACACGAAACAACCCUCAUGGAAGACCUCAACACACUGCACUGGUCUCGGAUCAACAAAGCCUACUGCGACGCCACCGUCGCCGACGACCAGCACAAACUCAUCUGCCACAAAGGCUACGUCUCCCUCAUACCCUUCGCCCUAGGCCUCCUAGGAACCAACCACCCGCACCUCCCCUACAUCCUGACCAUGCUCCAAGACGAGCGCACCCUCUCCAGCCCGCACGGCAUCCGCAGCCUAAGCGCCAGCUCCCCUCUCGCCUGCUCCACCAAACACUGCCAUUACCGCGGCCCCGUCUCCCUCAACACAAACUACCUCCUCCUCCUGCGCCUCCUCGAACUCUCCCUCUCCCCCGGCCCCCACGCCCAGAAAGCCGCGGAAAUCUACGUCCCGCUCCGCCAUAAUCUCAUCAAGACAGUCUUCACCUCGUGGCGAGAGACGGGCACGGCGUGGAAACAUUACGAUGCGGAGAGCGGGGAGGGCUUGGGCUCGCCGGGAUGGACUGGGUGGACGGCGUUGGUGGUGAAGAUUAUGUGUAUGCCGGAUUUGAAGAGGGAGCAGAAUCCGCCGGAUUGGAGGGUUGAUGAGGAUGUGGAGGAGAGAUAG